GAGCCUGCGGCCCCGGCGGCCCGCAGCCCCGACCCGGAAGGUGGCGCCCGGGACCCCGCGCUGCCCGCGCUUGGGGCCCGGGCGGCGGGGAAGAGGCCUGGACCCCGCGGCGCCCCUCGACCUGGGAGCAGCGAGCGCAGCGCGCAUCUGAAGACCUCGUCGGCUCAGGAUGGGGAACCACUCCGGGAAGCGAGACUUAAGUGCCGAAAAGGGAAAUAAGGAGGGUGAAACUAACAGAGAAGAAUCUGAAAAAAGGAGAAACCGCCGUCACCUGCCCCGGGAGACCUCGGAAGACAGUGAUGUGUUCGGCGAGGCAGAUGCGGACCAGAACAAUGGGACCCCCUCGCAGGACACAGCGGUGACAGACUCCAAGCGCACAGCGGACCCAAAGAAUGCCUGGCCCGACGCCAACCCAGCUGACCCCGGGGGCCGCCCCCACUUAAUCCGCCUCUUUUCCCGAGAUGCCCCGGGGAGGGAGGACAACACCUUCAAAGACAGGCCUUCAGAGUCAGACGAGCUUCAGACCAUCCAAGAAGACAGUGCCGCUGCUCCGGAGGGCCUGGAUGUGAUGGCCACACAGAAGAGACCCUCCCAGAGGCACGGAUCCAAGUACCUGGCCUCGGCGAGCACCAUGGACCACGCCAGGCACGCCUUCCUCCCCAGGCACAGAGACACGGGCAUCCUCGACUCCCUCGGCCGCUUCUUUGGCGCCGACAGGGGCGCGCCCAAGCGGGGCUCAGGCAAGGUCCCGUGGCUCACGCAGAGCAGGAGCCCGCCGUCCGCUCCUGCCCGCCGGCCGCCCGGGCUGUGCAACAUGUACCAGGAUGGACAUCACGCGGCGAGAACCACGCACUACGGCUCCCUGCCCCAGAAGUCGCAGCACGGCCGGCCGCAAGACGAAAACCCUGUAGUGCAGUUCUUCAAGAACAUUGUGACACCUCGCACGCCUCCUCCUUCACAAGGAAAGGGGCGAGGACUGUCCCUCAGCAGAUUUAGCUGGGGUUCUGAGGGCCAGAAGCCAGGAUUUGGCUACGGAGGCAGAGCUUCCGACUACAAAUCGGCUCACAAGGGACUCAAGGGGGCCCACGACGCCCAGGGCACGCUUUCCAAAAUCUUCAAGCUGGGAGGACGAGACAGCCGGUCUGGAUCCCCCAUGGCGAGACGUUGAAGCUCGGCCUCCCUCUCCCAGAAUCCUGUCCUCGGCUUCUUAAUACAACUGCCUGAGAUGUUAACCACGUUUGCAUCAGUCCCUAGUGUAGCAGAUGACCCCUAACGCCUGCAGAAGACGGCUCCCCUGUCCCCUUACGGCUGAAGAUUAGUGUCCUCGGGAACACCCCUGGCCAUGCCCCUGAGCAUCCAGGGCCCCCACCAUCACCCCAGCCCUGGGACUGGCUCCGGGCGCAGCCGUGGGGACCCCGCCCAGGUGCGGAGGCCGAGCAGCUCCGAGCUUCCUUUGGCUUCUUUUCCUGCCUCCUCUCACCUCCGCAAGGACUUAAUCUUCCUAACAGGGUCGGGCAUCGGAGCGGCUUCGCGGCGGGGGCUUUGGUAUGUGACAGGCGGGCGGGCAGCUGGGAGAGUCCCACGUAGUGGCCAGACUCGUGCGUGGCGGAGAGGGGACGUGGGCGGACUCGGACCGGGCAGCGGCCUCGAUCGGGAGACAGGGUCUCCCCGGGAAGCGGGUGACAGCGGCGGGCCUUGGAGUGGCCUCUGCGAAGAUGUGUUUCCUGGCCGGCCCGGCCGGAGGGGCGGGAGAGGCACGGCUCAGGGCGGACGCAGGAGUCUCCGGGUGGCCUCGCGGUGGCACGCGGGUCACUGUGGAGUGUGAAGGUGACAGGUGGCAUGCUCAGCGCGGCAGUGCACGUGGCGAAUACUAACCUCCGUGGGGGAUAACCGUCUCGCCCUCCUGCCCCCUUGAAGUCACCCUACGAACACACUUACCUUCCCCGCAUCACUGACCUGGAGCGUGGGCGCGGCCGACCAGGCGGGGCGAGGUCGGGCCCCUGUGAACCGCACUCUUCUAACUCUAGCUGACAUCCCCCUUGCUCCCCCUCCAUAACACACUGAUUCCUGCCUUUUGAUUUUAGCAUCUCUCCUCUGAACUUUCCAAAGAGCCCCCGCACCGACGUCACCCUCCCUAGAACGAAGUCGGGGAACAGUCGACAUAAAGCCCAGACGCGUCUCUAAUCCGUUCUAAUUCCCAAUGUUUAGUGUGGGUUUAACAGAAUGUCUAUUAAUACAAAGCCUCCAUGAUGAGAGGGUAAGAAAAAAAAAAAAAAAAAAGUAAAAUU